CUGGGCGGGUGAGGGUCCUGUCUCGUGUGAGGGGCCGGUGGGCCCGGCGGCGGCCCGGGACGCUGCACCCCGGCCCUCCUCGCUCCGAGCAGGACGGCGAGCGAGCCCCGGCCAUGACUUCUCUGUUGGCGAAAGACGCUUACCUGCAGGGCCUGGCCAAGAAGAUCUGCUCCCAGCCCAGCACCGAGCCGCAGAAGCGCAAAUCGGCUGGCAAAACUCAAGUCUCAGAUGCUGCUGCACCCCCCAGGAAGAAGAGGAGGAAAGCACAGAAGAAACCCCGGGAGCGGGAGAAGACUGCGAAGCCCAGGGCCCAGGCCUCUGCGAAGUCUGAGGCCAGGAAGCCAGAGGCAGCCGAGGAGGAGGAGGGAGCCGCCAGCUCCACCAGGGCCCCGGCAGGUGGCCUGGCCACAGAGCCUGACUCUUUAUUUGCCUUGGAUGUUCUGCGGCAGCGCCUGCAUGAGAAGAUUCAGGAGGCGCGGGGCCAGGGCAGCGCCGAAGAGCUGUCCGCCGCUGUUUUGGAGAAAAGACGCCGGAGGAAGCAGGAGCGCGACCGGAAAAAGAGGAAACGGAGGGAGCUGAGAGCAAAGGAGAAGUCAGCCAAGGCACUGGAGGGGGCGGAGGCCACCGAACCGGACCCGCCGGUGCCCGGGGAGGAGACGCAGGCCCAGCCGGGGCUGCUCUUCAACAAGGUGGAGGUGACCGAGGAGGAGCCGGCCAGCAAGGCCCAGCGCCGGAAGGAGAAGAGGCAGAAGCUGAAGGGGAACCUGACACCGCUGACGGGCAAGAACUACCGACAGCUGCUGGAGCGCCUGCAGGCGCGUCAGGCCCGGCUGGAGGAGCUGCGGGACCGGGAUGCGGGGCAGGCCCAGGAGCUCGAGGCCAAGAUGCGCUGGACCAACCUGCUGUACAAGGCCGAGGGCGUGCGGAUCCGCGACGACGAGCGCCGGCUGCAGGAGGCCCUGAAGCGCAAGGAGAAGAGGCGCGCGCAGCGCCAGCGCGCCUGGGAGAAGCGCACGGCGCACGUGGUGGGCAAGAUGCAGCGGCGGCAGGACCGGCGGCGGCAGAACCUGCGCAAGAAGAAGGCGGCCAAGGCCGAGCGCCGCCUGGAGAAGGCUCGCAGGAAGGGCCGCAUCCUGCCCCAAGACCUGGAGCGCGCCGGCCUGGCCUGAGGCCCCAGCUGCCCGACCCCCGUCCCGAGCGGUGCAGGCUCCGGCGGAAAGUGGACUCUGCCUCGUGCCCCUCACUGGUUUGUCUGAGGCUCAGGCACCCCCGUGCAGAAGAGCCUUCAGAUCGGGGAAGGGGCUGACCCAGAUCCAGCUCCAACCUCCUCUUACUGACCAGAGGCUCCCUGCAGGUUGUGGGGUAGUGGACCAGGGAGCUGUGAGGAGGGAGCGGGCACCUAGGGAGGGCUUUGCUGGCCGCCUCUUCCUCUCAUUGUCACAGCAGCAGGAAGGGAAUGGCCUUCGUGACUACGGUGUUAGCCCCAGGCGCGCUGGGGAAGGGUGAAACCAGCUCCUGCAGCAGAGCUGGAGUGGAGCUGAUGGGCUUGGCAGCGGAGCAGGCAGGGUGUCCUCAGACACCUGUAAUUGAGUUACACCAAGUUGAUGUGAAAAGUGGGUAAAGAGUAGAAUUUAAGGUGAAGAUGGUUAUUAAAAAUUCUAACUACUAAAAGAUAGUGUUACUGCAGUAGGAGGGAAAAGAAAAUGGAGCUGGCUAGAUAGUAUCAGUCUAGGGGGAGGUGGGAGAGAAGGGGUAAAACCUGGAGAACUACGUGGGGUGGACGGAGGGUCCGCAGUGACAGGUAAGUGCAAGCCCACAGGCAGGCAGUGAGAGCGGAGAUGGAUGGUACGGUAUGUGGAUUGUAUUUCAGGAAGACUGUUCGUAAAAUUCUUUCGAUUAAAUUUCAGUUAAGAAACAGAUGGUAACCAAAAUGAUGUGUUACUAGAAUUUAAAAGGUAUUGCUAGAAGAUGUCACUGAAUGAUAAAAAGGGUUCAGAUUGCCUGGAAGGUUUAGCAGCCUUGCACCAGAAACAGCUGCAGAUCUGUCUAUCAGAAGCUGACACACCUGCAAGAAGUCAGUUCACAAACCCAAGUGGGAGACAUUUAACAUCCGCUCUAGGGACUGGUGAUCAAGUAGACAAAUCAGAUGGAUCCGGAAGAUUGGGAUGAGAGCAUUCAUAAGCUUGAUCUAAUGGACACACACAGACCCAUGUAUCUGGAAACAGUGUGUUCUAGCAUUUCCCUAGUGGUCCAGUGGUUUAGUUCAGUUCAGUCGCUCAGUCACGUCCAACUCUUUGCAACCCCUUGGACUACAGCACACCAGGCUUUCCUGUCCAUCACCAACUCCUGGAGCUUGCUCAAACUCACGUCCAUCAAUUUGGUGAUGGACUCUGUUCCAAUGCAGGGGUACGGGUUCAAUCCCUGGUUGGGAAACUUAAGAUCCCGGAUGCUGCGGGGGGGUGGCCAAAUUUUUUUAAGGAAAAAAAAAAACCUCAAGCAUACGUGGAACAGUGGUGAAAACUGACCAUCACCUAAUCCACAAAGCAAGUCAUAUUUCAAAGCUUCAGCAUCAUACAAAGUG